AGAGGGAGAGAGGGGGUCAGACUGAAAACAGAUCGGGCUGGGGAUUUCUGUAGUGGAACUCGUGUGAGAACAAGCGACAGACAGAAGUCGUCUCCGAUACAGAUUGCUCCAUAUUUUAUAGCCUGUAAAACAUACAACGCGAAGCCUUGUUUUUAAAGAAAAGGAUUAGAAAACUUUGCCGAGUCGAGAUGAUGGACUGUGGAAUGUAACAGCAGUACUCUUCUCCCUUAACUUUAUGAAUAAUCCUGAGAAGCAAAGUUACACUGAACUUUCUCCAAUCUUUCUUUCACCUUAUCCCGAGUCCCCCUAUGUUCUGAUAUGAGGUAGAUGGAUUUUCUCAGCACCUUAAACGGGACUUGCAUCUUGUUACUUUCUGACCUACAAAGUAUCCCGUAAAAGUAACUACUCGAUCGCAUUUAGACUGAAGAUUUAAUUGGACAAACUUAAUUCUGCGACACCGGGGUCAAAUCACCACCGACAUUACACACCAUCCUUGAGGUCUCUGUCACUGCUGAGGUAUCGUCAUCCAUGAUGGAGACUUCAGCACCGACUACGGCAGAGAAGAAAGAUGCCAAGGGAGCAAGCAUAGAAGGAAAUGGCUUCCCAGAGCUGAGCAAAAAGCCCUCUCCUUCAGCCAUAGCAAGAGCUCCACACCAUAUAUUCCCAACAUUCCACACCCCUAUUCCGAUCGACAUGCGUCACCAUGAGGGACGGUACCAUUACGAGCCACAUGCUCUGCACGCUAUGCAUGGCCCCCCCGGAUUAGCAGGUAGCCCAGUCAUCUCCGACAUCUCGCUGAUCCGGCUGUCCCCCCACCCGGCAGGCGCGGGGGAGUCUCCCUUCAACCCCCCGCACCCCUACGUCAACCCCCACAUGGAGCACUACCUGCGCUCCAUGCACAGCAGCCCCACGCUGUCCGUCAUCUCCGCUGCCCGAGGCCUGAGCCCCGCGGACGUCACGCAUGAGCACUUGAAGGAGCGCGGGCUUUUCGGCCUGCCCCCCCCCCCUCCCGGGGCGAACCCGGCUGAGUACUACCACCUGAUGGCCAGCCACCGCAACCCCUACGGGGACAUCCUCAUGCAGGCCGGGGCGGCCACGGCGCCUGCUCACCUCCCCGACUACAUCAACCCCGUGGAUGUGUCGCGGUUCUCCAGCCCCAGGCUGACUCCCCGUCUCAGCCGGAAGAGGGCUCUGUCCAUCUCACCCCUCUCCGACGCCAGCAUUGAUCUCCAGACCAUGAUCCGGACGUCUCCCAACUCUCUCGUGGCCUACAUCAACAACUCCCGCAGCAGCUCCGCGGCCAGCGGAUCCUACGGACACCUCUCCGCCGGAGGGAUCAGUCCCGCCUUUACCUUCCCUCACCCCAUCAAUCCCAUGGCGUACCAACAGAUCCUGAGCCAGCAGCGGGGCCUGAGCUCCGCGUUCGGACACACCCCGCCUCUCAUCCAUCCCUCGCCGACAUUCGUCCCCCGCCAGCAUGCCACGGGCAUCCCCUCGCUGCCCACCGCGGCGCACGGCAACAGCACCGCCGAAUCCACGCAGAACGCAAGUGGUGACUCAGCUGUGAGCAGCACAGUGAAUCCAAUGAUCACCAAGAGAUCCAAGGUGAAGACGGAGGGGGACAGCCCUCGGCCCACCUCUCCCCGCUCUCAGGACCAUCUAGGUGGUGUUCUGGACCUGAAAGAAGAUAUGGAUAAAGAUGAGUGCAAGCAAGAGCCUGAAGUCAUCUACGAGACCAACUGCCACUGGGAAGGUUGUUCGAAAGAGUACGAUACUCAGGACCAGCUCGUGCAUCACAUCAAUAACGACCACAUCCAUGGGGAGAAGAAGGAGUUUGUGUGCCGGUGGGAGGAGUGCUCCCGGGAGCAGAAGCCCUUCAAGGCUCAGUACAUGCUGGUGGUGCACAUGAGGCGCCACACAGGGGAGAAGCCACACAAGUGCACUUUCGAGGGUUGCUCCAAAGCCUACUCCCGCCUGGAGAAUUUAAAGACGCACCUACGGUCCCAUACGGGAGAGAAGCCCUACGUCUGUGAGCACGAGGGCUGCAACAAGGCCUUCUCCAACGCUUCGGAUCGCGCCAAGCACCAGAACAGGACCCACUCCAAUGAGAAACCCUACGUGUGCAAAAUUCCCGGCUGUACAAAGCGCUACACGGACCCCAGCUCUCUCAGGAAGCACGUGAAGACUGUCCACGGGCCGGACGCUCACGUCACGAAGAAGCAGCGCAACGACGGUCACCCCAGGCCUCAGCCGCAGAAGGAGAACGGGGAGAAUGAAGCCAGCACCAAGCAGGGCGGCAGAGGCCCGGAGGAAAAGGCAGAAGCCAACAGCACCACCAGAGGCGUGGAGGACUGCCUGCAAGUCAAGUCAAUUAAAACGGAGAACUCGGUGAUGUAUCAGUCCAGCCCUGGUGGUCAGUCAUCAUGCAGCAGUGAGCCAUCCCCGCUUGGCAGUGCCACCAACAAUGACAGUGGAGUAGAGAUGAACAUGAACAGUGGAGGCAGUCUGGGAGACCUGACUGCCCUGGACGAGCAGCCUGUGGUGGACUCCACCGUUUCCUCGGGAACCUCGACAGUCAGCCUGCAGCUUCGCAAGAACAUGUCAGCAACCCACAGACUUGAACAGCUCAAGAAGGAGAAACUGAAGACGGUGAGGGAUUCUUGUUCCUGGGCCAACCCAGCUCCUCAAGUGCGAAACACCAAGUUGCCACCCAUACCAGCAACUGGUUCUUUGCUGGAGAGUUCAAGUGUCAGUGGGCCCCCAGCUGUGUUCUCCAACCUGAGGAUAAGCGAACUGUCUUCCAGCGACGUCACGAUCCUCAACCAGCUGAACGAGCGCAGAGACAGCACGACGAGCACCGUCAGCUCGGCCUUCACCCUCAGCCGCAGGUCUUCGGGAAUAUCGCCCUGCUGUUCCAGCCGCCGAUCCAGCGAGGCGUCCCAGUUUGGCGGCCGCCUCAACAACGUCAGCUCGGCAGACUCCUAUGACCCUAUCUCCACGGACCUGUCGCGGCGAUCCAGCGAGGCGUCCCAGUGUGGGGGGCUGCCCAGCCUCCUCAACCUGACCCCAGCCCAGCACUACCGGCUGAAGGCCAAGUAUGCUGCCGCCACCGGAGGGCCUCCGCCGACCCCUCUGCCCAACAUGGACCGCAUGGGUCUUAAGACCAGGAUGGCCUUGUUCAGGGACGCGCAGGAGUCCUCAGCUCCCUCAUUUCCUCUUCCCGCCGUGCCAAGAAGAUGCAGUGACACCAGUUACGCUGCAUCCAGCAUGAUGCCUCAUGAAGUGCCGGGAAAUGUUGUCCGUCGUGCCAGCGAUCCCGUCCGCAGGCCAGCAGCCGAUCCCCUGUCCCUCUCUAGAGUCCAGCGCUUCAACAGCAUGAACAGCAUGAUCCCCAUCCCACCAGCGACAGAGAGGCGGAACUUCAGCCUGCAAAAUUACACACGCUCAGACGGCAGUCUUCACAGGCAGUCUUACUCUUCUAGGCCACCCAGCAUCUCUGAAAACAUUGUUAUGGAAACAAUGGCUGGAGACAUGGACAACAGGAACGUGGAGGAUGACAUAGUGCUGCCAGAUGAUGUUGUGCAGUACAUCAAAUCCCAGAAUGAUGGAUCUUAUCAGGACAUCAGCGCACCAGGGUACAACAGCCAGGCACAAGGUUUCCAAGGAAAUAUGGCUUCACAGCAACAGCAGCAAUUUUAUGGUCAGCGAAGAAUGGCUAUGGUGGACGCCAACAUGAACUCUACAGGGCCAGUGCUGCCAUCAUGCCAGCUGAGUCCAGGAAAUCAACAGCAGUUCCCCAGUUCACCCAAUGUGAACAAAAAUAACAUGCCUGUCCAGUGGAAUGAGGUCAGCUCAGGUACUGGCAAUAGCAACGUGACUCCAAGCCAAACAAAGCAGAUGUUCGUUCGGGGAAAUUUAGCCGUCGUGCAGCAGAAACAAAACUUCGGUCAGUUUCAGAACCUCAGUGCAAACCAGCAAAUCAUGCAAAUGAAUCAAAGCAUUGCACAUGCAGCACACCAGAGUUAUAUACAGAGGAACUCCAGCUUAAACUCCCAAAGGAUGGCUUGUAUGCAACAGAGACAACAGGUAAUGAACCCUUGUCAAAAUCUUAAUGAGCAAGUGAGCCCCCAACAGGGGUACAUCCAGAACAACUCACUCCUCGUUCCUCAUGCCACAGAUGGAAAUACUGGCCAGCUGUCCUCCUGUAGUACUACGCCAGGCAGUACUCCAGGGAUGUUAAAUGGAAAUAGCAGAGGAACGGCAGCUCAGACUCAGGAACUGAAGACUUACAGGUCUCGGCCCCAGCCUGGAGUAGGUCAGAACCACGUGACAUUUGCCAGUGAGCAUGAAAGUUACAGUUCAAUGUCUUCCCAGAUGAAUCCCAACCAGCAGAAUUACAUCAGACAGCCACAGCCUGCGACAAUGAGUCCAUGUCAAAAUUUCAAUCGCGGGUUGGUGCAACCUCGGCCACCCUUAGUACCCAAUGCCUUGAACAGACAGCUCUCAGGGCAGAGUACAAUGCAGCAACAAGGAUUUUUGACAAGUCCUCAUUCUACCUACAGUACAAGCCCAGGCCACACUACAUCAGAGGCAAGCCCAAAAAGAUCCAGUAAUAUGACCCUUGCAGAUAACCAACAGCAUGCAAAUGAAAACCGGGACAGCAAUCUGAUGUUCUAUACAGGGCAGAUCCACAUGUAUGAGCACAACGGGAGCUUUGAGGCCCAGGUUUCCUGUGCUGGGCAGCCCCCACCACCCCAGCAAUGCGCCUCAGAUACACUGGCCACAGCCAUGGCCUCUCCAGGGAGCAAUCAAGUGACCAGCACAGUGGACUCGCACGGCAUGGAGCACACUCAGAUAGAUUUUGAUGCCAUGAUGGACGAUGGAGACCACUCCAGCUUGAUCUCUGGGACCCUGAGCCCCAGUAUCCUUCAGAACCUCUCCCAGAACUCCUCCCGACUCACCACACCUCGCAACUCCUUAACAUUACCUUCUGUGCCCGCUGGCAUUAGCAACAUGGCGAUUGGAGACAUGAGCUCUAUGCUGACGGCUCUUGCCGAGGAGAGCAAGUUCCUCAACAUGAUGUCUUAAUCACAUGGAUGAGAAAAGGAUGUCAUAACAAUAAGAAUGGAAACAGUAUCAAUAAGAGACAAGAGAGGCUAGAAAGUCUCCUCCUGAGUGUGUGAAAUGACUGCAACAUUUCUCAGUGGUUGUAUAACAGAUGUAAGCAGGAGGACGUGACCUCAUGCCUGACAGCUUCCCUGAGGAAAAAUGUUUUAGUGUUUUUUUUUUGAAAAAAAAGCACUGAUCUUUACUGCACCGUGUGGACCUCGAACCAUUUAUAACAGCUUCUCCAGAGGCUGAGAGUUGAAAUUGAAAUUUUAUGUCUCCUUCCACAUGUGUUUUGUUGCAUAUUACCUAUUAGGAAACAAAUUAAGAUGCCAAUCUUUUGUUACACAAAAGCCAUACUUUACAAUUAUAGUAAAGUCUUGUGACCGGGGUGUAAAUAAGCCACUGCAAAGUAUUUACAACGUUGCUCUUUGUGAGGGAUAAGUGUGAUAAGUGCCUUGCUAUAAUGUAUCUUGGACUAUUAGUAAGAGCUUACACAUUCUUAACAUUAACUUGUAAUAUACUGCCAGAAAACAAAAGGAUUUUUAGAAAGUUUUUUAUUGUUAUUACAGUACUUUCCUGCUUAAAGAUAUUCAAUAUACAUAAUCUAAAUUAUGUUAAGGAUUCUGUCAUGAAUUGUUGCUGGUCGUUGCUUGUAAAAAGUACAGAGUAGCAGUUUUUCUACGAAGGGGAGCACCAACAUGUCCCUAGAAAGAGACACCUGUAAAAGAUACCGAGAGGAGGAACAGCAUUUGUUAUUUAGUUUGUUUUUACUACAGAUGCACUAUCAGAGCUCUGAUAAUCUGGUUUUGAUGUUCAUGAUGUAGAAUUAAAGAAAGGAGAGGCAUAUCUCAUGUCAGGCAGCAAAGUACAUGAAAUGUGACUGGAAGUAUCCUUCACUGAUUUUCAAAUGAAUACUCAAGCGAGUACUCAGUAUGGAUUCUGUGAAGAUUAAAAACCAAUUAAACUCUAGAUUGUGAAGUCAAAGGCUUUAAAGAAUUCUACCACAAAAAUGGCACAAUAGGAUAUUUUAAAGGACAACAUUAUAAACGCGUUGGUUUUGUUUGUUGGAAUUAAAAACAUUUUGUACACUACGAAACGUUUUACUGUUCCGGGUAUGUAUAUAGCUUUUGUACAUUUUCUAAAAUACAG